AUGAAACUAUCUGUUUUAAAAUCUCCUGCUUCAAGUUUAUUACGCUCCCCUAUCAUCUCUACAAAGAGUAGAUCCCCUUUCUACAAUACUAAGAGACUUUAUGUCUCAAAGACAAACACAAAGAAAAAUGAAAGUAUGAUGUAUCUAGACCCUUCGGGUAUUCUAGGCUCAUCAUCUGCUGCUGCUGCUGCUGCUGCUGCUGCUGCAACUGAUUCAGUUACAGUUGUCGCUACAACUGUAAAUACAAGUGCAGUUGCUAUCCCGAAUACUACUUCAACUCUGCAAGAACCUAGUUGGGAUAGAAUUUAUGAUAUUGAAGCACCUGCUUCAAUGACUUAUUUAAGAACUUUACCAAAAAAUCAACUAUUUUCUUUAUCAAUGAUUGGUAUGGUCACUAUGAACAAAUUUUUCUUAGAUACUUGUAUUAAAUUAUUUCCUUACGUUCCAAUACCAAUGAUGAAAAUUUUUAUUUCUGAUUUAUAUUGUGGUGGUGAAACAAUGGAUGAAGUCCUACAAUGUGGUAGACAAUUACAAAAGAGAGGUAUUUCAAAUAUGAUGUUAUCUUUAACUAUUGAAGAUGCAGAAGGUACAAAAAAUAUUGACAUUAAUCAUAUUGUUAAAGAAACUAUUGCCUCAAUUCAUAAAAUUUUAUUACCAAAUUUUUUAUCACAAUUAGAUGCUACUGCAUCAAAUAUUAAUGAUAUUGCACCUGGUUAUAUUGCUUUAAAACCAUCUGCUUUAGUGAAAAAUCCUUCAGAUGUAUUAUUAAACUUUAAUCAAAUUAAUGAUCCACAUUGGAACAAGCAAAGACAAAUUUUAAUUGAUAAUUGUUCAAAGAUUACAGAAGAAAUUUGUCAAUUAAAUAAAACUUUAUUAGAAAAAUAUCCAAAUAGGCAAUCACCAUUUUUUGUUUCGACAAUAGAUGCAGAAAAAUAUGAUUUACAAAAAAAUGGUGUUUAUGAAUUACAAAGAAUUUUAUUUAAAAAAUUUAAUUCAAUGGAAAAUAAAUUUGCUUCUUGUAUUGGUACAUGGCAAUUAUAUUUAAAGGAUUCACUUAAGGAUAUUAUUAAUGAACAAGAAUUGGCUCAAAAGGGUAAUUAUAAGUUAGGUUUGAAAUUAGUUAGAGGUGCUUAUAUUCAUACAGAACCUGAAAGAGAUUUGAUUAUUCAUAAUACUAAGUUGGAUACUGAUAAUCAUUAUAAUAAAGUCGCAACUUUUGUAACAAAUGAUAUGUUACAAAAUGGUAAAAAUUCAACUUUUGGACAUUUAGUUAUUGCAUCUCAUAAUUAUCAUUCUCAAUUAAUUGCCACAAAUUUAAUUAAUAAUUCCAAAUCAUCAAAUAAAAAUUAUGUUCAAAAUAACGUUAUCUUUGGUCAACUUUUAGGUAUGGCUGAUAACGUUACUCAUGAUUUAAUUAAUACAUAUGGUGUUAAAAAUAUUAUUAAAUAUGUCCCAUGGGGUCCCGCUAUUGAGACAAAAGAUUAUCUAUUGAGAAGAUUACAAGAAAACGGUGACGCUGUAAGAGCUGAUAAUGGCUGGCCAUUAUUAAAAUCUAUAUUCUUAUCCUUAAGAUCAUCAGGAAAAGAUUGA